AUGGACCCUCUGAGUCUGUCGGCGUCGAUUGCCGGCUUGCUUGGCGCGGCAGCGCAAGUCAUCAAGCUCCUUGGCUAUAUAUCCUCAGUUAAAAACGCACCAACGGCUGUUCAAGAGGCUGAGACUGAGGUGAAGCACAUCGAGAUCGCACUUCGGGGAAUUCAAGAGUAUUUGACGUCAAUGGAUCCGGUAUACCAGCGACGAGCUGGUUUCAUUCGGCUCGACGACUUGAUUGCCACUCUUUCAGAUGCGAUGAUCGUGUUUGAUGAGUUUUAUGGCCUGCUGCAGCAGCUUGCUCGCUCCGCGACUGUUAUGGUUCGAAUAAUCUGGUUUCGAUAUUCUAAGCAGAUCGAAGAACGCAUCAGCAAGAUACAGCGACACAAAUCGUCCUUGAGCUUAAUGCUAAACAUCCUCCAAUGUGAAUCCGACCGGGAAGCAUCCCGAUCUCAAGGGGAACUUCAAGCAAUGGUCCAGAGCAUUCUCUACGAGAAUAGAUCGCUGAGGUCGAAGAUGAGCCAACUACAAGAUUCUUUUGAUGCGCAGAGCACUUUCAGAUGGCCAAAUGGUGAAGAACCCAGUUCCAAGUAUACGAGCAUCAGAACACCCAGCAUCGCUCCUGAGCGGGUGAUACUGCUAUCUGGGCAGAGCACAUUUCGAUUCACCUUUGAACCCACUCUGGAGAGCACCUGGGUGUAUCGCAGGAACGAACUCAAUGAAUGCGACGCUUCGUUCAUCAGUACAGCGCAACGAUCGCAUGCCUGGUCAAUAUUCUCUGGAUAUUCUCUCGCCAAUAUUUCGAUCUUAUCCGUGAUAGCGAUGCCAAUCUCUACCAAUAACCUCGUACAUCGCAAGUUCUACGAAGAUCCAGGAGAUACUUCAACCGUCCAGUCCUCCACAGAGUUUUUAUCGAGUGCUACUCGCGAUUCGCGGGAUUCCACCCCAGCAGAAGCAGAGACCAAGGUCUGCAGAGAGUCCGAUCUCGAGCGGGCGUAUGGUGACUAUGCUUCUCGCAUAGAAGGAAUCCUUUGCGAGGAAUGUCCGGAGGCAAUGGCCAAGAGAGGUCACAUAAUCAAGCUUGUUAAACUCCAUGACGCUGAGAGAAUUCCGGAUGAGUCUUCAAAACUCAGUCUCAAGAAACUCAACCCGACUCUUAGCGAAGCCACGACACUCCUCGACUAA